CGACGAUCGACGAUCAGUGUGUGCGCGAGAGUGCGGCGAUACGCACGUUAACGCCGCCCAGCUCCUUUGUGACGUAUAAAUAUUUCAUUGUGUUAAAAUGAAAGUGGAUAAGGACACCCUCGCCGGUCCCGUGGACUCAAUGCCCAUUCUGUCGGACAGGAAAGGCAGCCUGAAGGUGACGAUCACCCCAGCGCAGCCAAAGACCCUGACGCAUCUGCCAAAACGACCCCCAGUGGACUUGGCUUUCACGGACCUCACAUACAAGGUGCAGGAGGGAAGAAAAAGCAAUGUGAAGACGAUCCUCAAAUCGGUGUCGGGGAGACUCCGGUCCGGCGAGCUGACGGCCAUCAUGGGCCCGUCCGGCGCCGGCAAGUCCACGCUGCUCAACAUACUCACUGGAUACAAAACGUCAGGCAUGGAAGGGAGCAUCACAGUGAACGGCAUGGAGCGCAACCUGUCCAGCUUCCGCAAGCUCUCCUGCUACAUCAUGCAAGACAAUCAGCUGCACGGCAACCUCACCGUGGAGGAGGCUAUGAAGGUGGCCACGUCGCUGAAGCUGCCCAGUUCUACCACGCGAGAGGAUAAGGAGGAAGUGAUACAAGAGAUCCUCGAAACGCUCGGUCUCUCAGAACAUCUCAAAACAAUGACGUCCAACCUCUCCGGGGGUCAGAAGAAGCGGCUCUCGAUAGCCCUGGAGCUCGUAAACAAUCCACCGAUAAUGUUCUUCGACGAGCCCACUUCGGGACUGGACAGCUCCUCCUGCUUCCAGUGUAUUUCGCUUCUGAAGACCCUCGCUAGGGGGGGGAGAACUAUCAUAUGCACCAUACACCAGCCGUCGGCUAGACUGUUCGAAAUGUUCGACCACCUGUACACGCUGGCUGACGGUCAGUGUGUGUACCAGGGCAGCACGGGUAAACUGGUGGAAUGGCUGGGCAGCCUCAGCCUGCAGUGCCCCUCGUACCACAACCCGGCGUCCUUCAUCAUCGAGGUGUCGUGCGGCGAGUACGGGGACAACACUAGCAAGCUCGUGCGCGCCAUCGACAACGGCAAGAACGACAUCAGGACGGGCCUGCCCUUCCCCAAAAUGGCCAACUACAACAACCAGAAGGACAUGGAGCUCUCGCUCAAGUCGAACACGGAGUGGAACAAGAACGACGCGUCGCACGUGCAGGAGAAGUUCGCGGAUGUCCCGAACGGGGCCAACGGGGCCAAUGGGGCAAAUGGGGCCAGCAACCUGCAGAACGGCCUGUUGCAGUUCGCGGCUAGUGAAAUUGCCAAGGGCAAAGCCGAGCCUCUAGUGGUCCAAAUGGACUCGGAGAAGCAAGACAACGCAGAGGUGGCCCUACUGGGCGCGGCCGGCUCGCCUCGCCGCUACGCCACCUCGGAGUUCAGGCAGUUCUGGGUGGUGCUGAAGCGGACGCUGCUCUUCAGUAGACGUGAUUGGACGCUCAUGUACCUGCGCCUCUUCGCCCACAUCCUGGUCGGCUUCCUGAUCGGCGCAUUGUACUACGACAUCGGCAACGACGGCUCCAAAGUGCUGUCCAACCUCGGCUUCCUGUUCUUCAAUAUGCUCUUCCUCAUGUACACCUCUAUGACGAUCACUAUAUUGAGCUUCCCGCUGGAAAUGCCGGUACUUAUAAAAGAACACUUCAACCGAUGGUAUUCGUUGCGGUCCUACUACUUGGCUAUCACCGUUUCUGAUCUACCAUUCCAGGCGAUCUUUUGCAUCAUCUACGUGGUGAUAGUGUACCUGCUGACGUCACAGCCGCUCGAGUGGUUCCGCUUCUCGAUGUUCCUCUCGUCGUGUCUGCUCAUCUCCUUCGUGGCGCAGAGCGUGGGGCUCGUGGUGGGCGCCGCCAUGAACGUGCAGAACGGCGUGUUCCUGGCGCCGGUGAUGUCGGUGCCGUUCCUGCUGUUCAGCGGCUUCUUCGUCUCGUUCAACGCGAUCCCGGUGUACCUGCGCUGGAUCACCUACAUCUCCUACAUCCGCUACGGGUUCGAGGGCACCGCGCUCGCCACGUACUCCUUCAACAGGACCAACCUCGCGUGCCACCAGAGCUACUGCCACUUCAAGAAGCCCGAGAUCACGCUGGAGGAGCUGGACAUGACGGACGCGGACUUCACGCUCGACAUCGCCGCGCUGUGCCUCAUCUUCCUGCUCCUGCGCAUAUCUGCCUUCCUCUUCCUCCGCUGGAAGCUCAGGUCCACUAGAUAGAGAUGGAUAUAUGGUAGCGUAGCGUAGACGUUGGGUACUAGACGCGUGAUGUUAGCCGAUUAUUAUUGUAGAUAUAUUCCGACUAUGGGCUUGCCGUCCGUAUCGCGUGACGCUUUUGUAAAGUUCAAUGUGUGGGAGAAUGCGCACAAUUAUUUUAAGUGUUUUUUAGUGCUCAAAAAAAAAAAAAGACUCUUUGGGGGUAUAUUUUACUUAGCCCUUAUGUCGUUCUAAAUUAUGAAAAUAUGACAAAUACAGGACGAUUGAACUUUACAAAAUAUCGUAGGUGUAACGUGUCGCUAAAGUGAUUUAAUUCAGUUGGCGACAGUCGGUGUUAUUGUGAUAAAAAUGGAUUCCAAUGUGAUCGUGAGAACAAGAGUUAUUUCUUUGGACUGUAACGUACUCAUAAUUAUAUAAGUGAUAAUGUAAUUAUACGAUUAAUCGUCGGUGUUGUGCUCAAUGUAUUUUUUUUUUCGCAUUUUCUAAAUCACUUUCGGUACAGCAGUUUCGUCGUAUCGUGACAAUAUUUGUUCUACUCUGAAGUGCCUUAUUUAAAAUCUGACGUAACUGGUAUGGUGGCUAAAGAUUUUUUUUUUCAUGUUUUGUAUAUUAUAGUCUUGCUUAGUGGCCUUUAUCGUUGAAUCACGAAUUUAUAUUUAAUAUUUUAUACAUUAUAAAUAUGUAUUGAAUUUUAAGUUUUACGAAAAAGUAUACGAGUUGAAGUAUAUUAAUUCAGAUCUGAAGGUCACACAAUUCGUAAGCUUAUUCCAAAAAAUAAUUCGCUACAUACAUACGUAGGUAAAUGUGUAAAAAGUUGAGACAUUUUUAUUAUAAUUUAUGACAAUUUAAUUAACGUAAUUUUAAUUUAUUACACUUGGUUUUAACCGUUUGAAAUAUUAAUAUCGUUUAAUAGCUGAAAUGAAACCUUAUUACAUGAAUAUCGAAAAAUAACUUAUAGACGAGUAUUUUUUAAAGUUCCAUUUUCUAUCUAGUUUUUAAAUUGAAAUCUUUCUGAGGGCUUUAAUUAACCAGCCUUGGUAUGUUCAAAAAGAUGUUAGUUUUAGAUUUAUUAUUUAAUUUGUUCAUUGUUUACAAAAGGUCAAAUGGAAAUGUAAAUAAAAACAGUUUUCAUUUAUAAAAAUAUUACAAACGGUUUUAACGUGUAUCUUAUUGCUCAUUAUUCAUAUAUUAUCUUGCCUCCAGCUUGCCUCUGGGUGAACCAAUAGGCGAUUUUGUGUAAUGGUUAUGCGAUUUAUUUUAUAUGCGGGUAGAUUGAUGUUUAGAAAUUUAUGUAAAAACUUACUGUGAUUCUCCUCUGAACUUGAGCUAUACUUGAUUUAUAGAUCUUUAACUUAUAUUCAAGUUUAUAAGUAACAUUUUUUAAACAAUUGACUAUUGAGUGAAACAUAUUUAAUAGCGAACUUGACUAUAGUGUAUAAAACUAUAUUUAAAUAUUUGCUGUAAAUAUGGACUUUGAUAUGAUUUUUACAAUGAUUUUUAAGAUUAAACAGUGGUUUUACUUGGACUUCGCUUGUUGGCGUAAUCGGAUUUAAGGUGUCUCGUUAAUUUUUCAGACUGAAAUUUUCAGUGUUAGUUUUGAGAAUUGAAUGAUACGUGUAAGUGUGUCAAACAUUUAAAAGUAGUCCAAUUUUAUAUGUUGUUAUAGGAAAAUUUAUUGAAUAUUUUAUAACAUGACAAUGAUAUAACAUAACCAUUUACAUGGGGGUAAUUAAGUGUAAGUAAAACUUAAUUAGGGAUCACGGUUAUAUAUAAAGUGUACUUAGUUAAGCAAAUUUGUAGAUUAUGGUCCAAUAAUGUUAUGGUUAAAAAGUAUGUAUGUUAUUUUAUAUAUUUUUGUAAUAAAUGGUUAAAA